UGUGCGGCUGCGUUGCGGGGCGAUUAAUUUGUCUUUGGCGAGAAAGACUAGGAUGAAAUAGCCUGACGUACAGAUGUGUCCUUUCUGAUCUGCCUACAAUAACAAGUCUCUCGUGCUCGGGUUGUUUUCAGCGUUAAUAACUGGAUUAGGCAUUGAGAUUUAAGGCUGUCGCUGCUUUAAGACGGGUUCAGGUGGAGUAGGAUAACGCUAGAUGCGUCCUCCUCCUCCUCAUCUCUAGCUCUCUAGUCCAGACACUGCCGCAUCAUCAUAAUCAUCAUGGGGAACCGGGGCAUGGAAGACCUCAUCCCGCUGGUAAACCGGCUGCAGGACGCGUUCAGCUCCAUCGGUCAGAGCUGUAACCUCGACCUGCCGCAGAUCGCCGUGGUGGGCGGCCAGAGCGCAGGCAAAAGCUCCGUGCUUGAAAACUUCGUGGGGAGGGAUUUUCUGCCUCGCGGAUCUGGCAUCGUCACCCGCAGACCUCUUGUUCUGCAGCUCAUCAGUGCCAACACAGAGUGGGCAGAGUUUCUCCACUGCAAAGGGAAGAAGUUUACUGAUUUUGAUGAGGUCCGUCAGGAGAUUGAGGCAGAGACAGACCGUGUCACUGGGGCAAAUAAAGGCAUCUCCCCUAUUCCCAUCAACCUGAGAGUUUUCUCCCCACAUGUGCUGAAUUUGACUCUGAUUGACUUGCCUGGCAUCACUAAAGUGCCAGUGGGGGAUCAGCCGGUAGACAUCGAGCAACAAAUCCGAGACAUGAUCAUGCAGUUCAUCUGUCGAGAGAGCUGCCUUAUACUGGCUGUUACACCUGCUAAUACUGACCUGGCCAACUCUGAUGCGCUGAAACUGGCCAAAGACGUCGACCCUCAGGGCCAGAGGACGAUUGGUGUGAUCACUAAACUUGACCUGAUGGAUGAAGGUACAGAUGCCAGAGAGGUUUUGGAGAACAAGCUCCUACCACUACGCCGAGGUUAUAUUGGGGUGGUGAACCGCAGUCAGAAGGACAUUGAUGGGAAGAAGGACAUUAAAGCUGCUCUGGCAGCAGAGAGGAAGUUCUUUCUCUCUCAUCCUGCAUACAGACACAUUGGAGACAACAUGGGCACUCCUCACCUGCAGAAAGUCCUCAAUCAGCAACUGACCAACCACAUCCGGGAUACGCUCCCUGCCUUCCGCAGUAAACUGCAGUCACAGCUGUUGUCGCUGGACAAAGAGGCGGAAGAAUACCGGCACUACCGCCCCGACGACCCUUCACGCAAGACCAAAGCCCUUCUGCAGAUGGUGCAGCAGUUCUCGGUAGACUUUGAGAAACGUAUUGAAGGCUCUGGUGAUCAGGUGGACACAGUCGAACUAUCGGGCGGAGCCAAAAUCAACCGCAUCUUCCAUGAACGCUUCCCUUUUGAGCUGGUCAAGAUGGAGUGUGAUGAGAAAGAAAUGCGCCGUGAAAUCAGCUAUGCCAUCAAGAACAUUCAUGGUAUCAGGACGGGUUUGUUCACUCCAGACAUGGCCUUUGAGGCAAUAGUGAAAAAGCAGGUAGUGAAGUUGAAGGAGCCGUGCAUCAAGUGUAUUGAUCUGGUGGUUCAGGAGCUCAUCAACACAGUUCGUCAGUGUUCCAAUAAGCUGGAUUCUUUCCCUCAUCUUCGGGAGGAAACAGAACGCAUUGUUACUUCCCACAUCCGUGAUCGAGAGAGUUUCGCCAAAGAACAGGUUUUGCUGCUUAUUGAUGUCCAGCUCGCUUACGUCAACACAAACCAUGAAGAUUUUAUUGGCUUUGCAAAUGCUCAACAACGCAGUAGCCAAGCAAACAAGAAGAGUUCUGCUGGAAACCAGGUGAUUCGUAAGGGCUGGUUGACCAUCAAUAACAUCAGUAUCAUGAAGGGUGGAGCGAAGGAAUACUGGUUUGUUCUGACCGCCGAGAGCCUCUCUUGGUUCAAAGAUGAUGAGGAGAAAGAGAAGAAGUACAUGCUGCCCUUGGAUAACCUGAAGGUCAGAGAUGUAGAGAAAAGCUUCAUGUCCAGCAAACACAUGUUUGCUAUCUUCAACACAGAGCAACGAAACGUCUUUAAGGACAAUCGGUUUUUGGAGCUAGCCUGUGACACUCUGGAGGAGGUUGAUAGCUGGAGAGCAUCGCUCUUGCGUGCAGGGGUGUAUCCCGAAAAGGCCGCAGUGGAGAGUGAUAGUUCUGGUCCAUCAGAGAACUUCUCUAUGGAUCCUCAGCUGGAGAGGAAGGUGGAGACCAUCCGUAACCUGGUGGACUCCUACAUGGCCAUCGUCAGCAAAUGCAUCCGUGACCUUAUGCCCAAAAGCAUUAUGCACCUCAUGAUUAACAAUGUUAAAGACUUCAUUAAUGCAGAGCUUCUGGCUCAGCUUUAUUCAGCUGGAGAUCAGAAUGCUCUGAUGGAUGAGUCUCAGGAUCAGGUACAACGCAGGGAAGAAGUUCUGCGCACUCAUCAUGCCCUGAAGGAGGCGCUGGCUAUCAUUGGAGAUAUUUCCACUACCACUAUCUCAACUCCACUGCCUCCCCCUGUAGACAACUCAUGGCUACAUGCUGGCUCUGGCGGCUCACGCAGGUCUCCUCCGCCUAGUCCUACUGCUCCACGCAGGAUGUCUGCUGGCCAGAGACCUGCCGGUAGGGGGGCCCCACCACCUCCAUCUCGCCCAGGACCGUUAGGACCCUUAAAUAACAAUGCUGACAGCCCACAAGUUCCCAGUCGGCCCAACAGGGCUCCUCCUAGCAUUCCCAGCCGUCGGCCACCACCUUCCCCAACCAGACAAGUCCCUCCCUAAGUGGCUAAAGGGACUUUUUCCUUUCCUACUGGAACACGAUAUUGCAGAUCAUCCUCGUUUGAACAAUAGACCAACAUCUUUCCAGUACCAAAGUGAGACUAACUUCUUAUCCCAGAGGUCCCAGCCCAACCCCUGCAUGUCCUAGUCCUUACCCAUCCUUGUGAUGUCUCGUUACAAAUAUUCAUGCUGCAGUGUGGUGGCGUCUUUGAUAGAAGUGAUUGUUUUGUGUUUGUUAGUGCCUGUGAUUCAGUCUAGUACAGUUGAACUACCACUGAGACUUUUGAGUCUAUCAAUCCUAUGCUCAACUAGUCAUCUGCCUAACCUUAACCCUAAACUCAGCAGGCUCUUAGCUUGUGUUCUGCCAUUGUAAAAUCAUUUGUGGCAGUGCUGUGCUGUCCAAUCCUUAAAUCACACUGCACAGUAUUGAAGCUUCUUGCAAUGCAUGUUUGUUUGUUUUUCUAGGGUGUUGAUAUGUGUUUCAACAUGCUUGUGUAAGAUUGUACAAUAGUGUGUGAGUGAUAUAUCUUAGUAAGUCUGUGUAAAACAUUAAUGUGUAAAAUAGUAAUGUGAUAUGUGUGAAUUUUGCUUUGACCGUGAGAUGUUUUUUCCCGUUUUUUAUGUUGUCUAUCAUUACAGAUGCUUAAACAAGACCUUUAUUUCACUUAGUUGUGACCAUUCACCUGUUUUGUUGUUGCAGACUUGCUUACAGCAAAUACAGAGAAUAUACUGUAGUCACAUUUAGAUGUUAUAAUGUGCAAAUACUUAAAUCAGCAACAGAACAUAUAACGCUCUUCUUCUUUGAUAGCGCCACAUGCCUUGCAAUGCUAGUUUAGUUUAUCAAAGCAAACAAACAAAAUCCCUGGAAUUGUAUGCCUAUUCUACUAUGGGAUUAAUCAAUUAUAUCUACAGUAUAUGUUUCAGAAAACAUAAAUGAGUGACAUUUAUUCAAUAUCCGAUACAGGUAUUCUAUAACUUUGCAAUAACUCUAGCGAUUUGUGUACCAAAAGUUUUGUAAGUGUUAGUGUAAGAUUUGAUGUCUUUGUGGGUCUGUCCAUAAGAUAUAUAAGCAUUGAUGAGCUUUUGAUUUGCUACUGUGUUCAUGUUAAGUAACGAUGACGCAAACAUCAUAAUAAUUCACUAUACAGUAUUUCACAUUUCAUGUCAUUUACAGAAAGGACUUGUUUAAGUAAGACAAACAUGUGGGAAACCCAUGGGAAAAGCUGAUUAUUUAUUAAGGUAAUUAUUUAAAAUCUGUAUAUAUGGAUAUGUUAUCUGUAGGUUUGUGACUCAGCAACUUAAGUGUGAACUUUUUCCAAAAGUUUGUAACAGUGUUUCCACACAGUAUUUAAUUGAAUAGUCUGUCUGUCUGUCUAUCCACCAGUUUUUGUUCAGUGGCACAGACAGGGAUAUUUAUCAUUUUUCUAAGUGAGACUGUUUCUAUGCACAAAGGAAAUAUGUUUGGAACAGAGCUGGUGCUUUGUCAGUGUCUACAGUCAAAUCAUUCUUUCAUAUUUGAAAAUGAAUGCUGGAAAAUAUGCUUUAGCUCACUCUUACUCUUCAGACAUGUGCUCUCAUGUUCUUAGAUAAACAUAAAUUAAACAGACAAACAAACAUUACAUAUUUUUACUGUUGAAAAACCACCUGAAGCAAGUGAUUAUGAAGGGAUGAGUCUGUACUGGAGAGUGUUCACAGUGGGAAGUGAUAGGAAUGUUUCACUCUUUGUAUGUUUCUGUAUGGCUUGAUGUACUGUAUCUCCAUGUGUAUGAAAUGAAAUGUAUUAAAGAAAACUAA